CUCUGGAGCCCUGGGCUGGACACCCGGAGGGGCAGGGCCGCGCCAGCAGGCCCGAGACCCCCGAGGGCUUGAGAGGAGGCCGGAGACCAGAGACAGACGGGCUAAAGCGGACACAGGCACCUGGACCAGCUUCCCCUGAAGAAGCCAAGGUCGUCUUCCUUGUCCUAUUAAUCCUUUUUCCACUACCUUGGAAGAACCCUCACUUUGUGCCCUGACUUUAGCCUCCUCCCCAGACCCGGCUAAGGAGUGACCCGCUUCAGGGCCUCCAUCCGCACAGACACCUUCAGCCCACAGGCCCCUGCCCAGGCCCUGCGCUCUCGCCAUGGUGAAGUUGCUGCCUGCCCAGGAGGCAGCCAAGAUCUACCAUACCAACUAUGUGCGGAACGCCAGGGCGAUCGGCGUGAUGUGGGGCACGCUCACCAUCUGCUUCUCUGUGCUGGUCAUGGCCCUCUUCAUCCAGCCCUACUGGAUUGGGGACAGCGUCAACACACCCCAAGCAGGCUACUUCGGCCUUUUCUCCUACUGUGUGGGCAAUGUGCUGUCCUCCGAGCUCAUCUGCAAGGGCGGCCCUCUGGACUUCUCCUCCAUCCCCUCAAGAGCCUUCAAGACUGCCAUGUUCUUUGUGGCCUUGGCCAUGUUCCUCAUCAUUGGCUCCAUCAUCUGCUUCAGCCUGUUCUUCGUCUGCAACACGGCCACAGUCUACAAGAUCUGCGCAUGGAUGCAGCUGGCAGCGGCCACAGGCCUGAUGAUUGGCUGCCUGGUCUACCCAGAUGGUUGGGACUCAAGCGAGGUGCGGCGCAUGUGCGGGGAGCAGACGGGCAAGUACACGCUGGGCCACUGCACCAUCCGCUGGGCCUUCAUGCUGGCCAUCCUCAGCAUCGGAGACGCCCUCAUCCUCUCCUUCCUGGCCUUCGUGCUGGGCUACCGGCAGGACAAGCUGCUCCCUGAUGACUACAAGGCCGAUGGACAAGGUCACAGGUCAGCCAUUUCCCCGACACUGGAAAAUUAGGGACUAGAAUUCUUCAGCGAGAAAACCUGUUCCGGCCACACCUCCUGUCCCUGGCUGCUGCAGGCCCUCCGCCCCAAGCGCUGCACUGCAGGACAGACGCCGCGGGCUCCUGGACGCUGCGACUGUCUGCAGAAAACCUUCAGCUGUAGCAGAACCGCAGUGACCCGCAUCAGCGAUAUCCAGACCUGGGUCCCUCUCUCCUGGCUGGGGACCCAAGUUCUCUUCUGAUCCCUUCAUACCCACAAAUCACUUUUCCCUCUGAAAAGAGAGGGUGGGAUGAGCCCAUGUCCAGGGGCCUCCAGAUCGGGUCUCCCACAGCCCAGUCAGCCGAGGACACCUCCUUUAUAGCCACCAGCUCUCAAGGGCGCCCGAACAAGAGGUGGCUAAAUGAUCUGGAUCCCUGCAGGCUGAAGUUCAGAGGGUCCUUUGCUUCUCCUUUCUCACAUUUUGUUUCCUUAUUGGUGCUCAGAAGAGGGUGAGGAAGAGGCCACCAGAACCUGAAUCCAUCAGGAAGUCAGUCUAAUAACUAUUGGUGAACAGAGGAUCUAAAAAUUUGGGACUAAAUUUAUUUUUCCCCCUUUAGAACCCAAAUCACACCUCUUCAGAGUGCCCACGCUGACCCCUUGGGAACUGGCUCCCAGAUUCAGAAAUCUGCUCAUUGUGUUCAAGUAGUUUGUUAUAGUAAUCGAUGACACACCUUGGAAAACACCUUGGAUUUGGCACCCUAAAUGGUGACUCUUUUGCCAGCCUCCACAGGGGAACUCCAUUUAGCUAAUACCUCACUGCAGCAAAUGCCAAGACAAUGGCUGGUUCUUCAGGCUGUUCCCUGCCCGGGGGGUGGUGCAGAGAAACAGGGUUUUACCUGCAGUGAUCGAGCCCAAGGAACAGGUGUUUUCUGCGUGGGCACUGCUCUCUCAUCGGUGGGGGGUGAAUGCGAACAAAGCUGUAGUGGGUCUGUCAUCACCUGGUCCAGCAGCAGUCAGGAACAUGGGACGCAGCGAGGUUCUCACUCCUGGGCUGCAGGGCACGAUGUUUCAGCAGCACACUGACCACUGGCCCAGUCUGUGCAGCGCUUCUUCCCCAGCUCAGUGGGGCAAGAGUGAGCCGCCCAGCACUGUGCCAGGUGUUGCUGAUGGAACUUGUAGCGUGGGAUUUAAGAACGACCAUCUUCAGCCCGUC